UAGUCUGAUUUCAAAAUUGAAAUCGGAUAAAAUGGAGAUAUGGGGUCUUGGCCACACUUGCAGCAGGGUGCCGCCAUCUUUGAUACGAGCGUGCACAUCAGCCACAGAUGAUUUGCAAAUUAUCGCUGUAAUCCGAAGAAUUUGUAGUUUGAUGGGGUGUCGGCUCCAUCGGUUUGUGUCCAGGAACCUGCAGGAAUCGGUUAAAUCUGAUUUACGGGCCACAGGACAGUCCCCAGUCCACACUUCAAGAUCAAGACGAACAGCGUCACCUAUCUCAUUUCGUCGGGACUGCACCCUGAACUUUGACACUGUAGCAUGGCGGAAGACGACGACCCGGUAGUUGAUGAGGUUGAUGUCUUCCUUGCAAAAGGGCUUGCAGAGAACUUGUACCUUUUUCAGUACCCCCUACGGCCAGCAGGGAUCAUCCAUGACCCUUCCAAGGUCCAGGCAGCGCGCUUCAAGCCUCGACACCAGAAGGUUGAGUUGGAAGUUGGGAUUGAUACUCAGAGUCGUCAGUAUGCCUGGAGUAAAGGGGAACAGAUAGCACUGAAUGUGGAUGGCAAGGGACAGGAGGCCUCACAUUUUGGAAGUGGUGUGAUGGAUAAACAGGUCCUCACUUCAACCACAGUCCCCAAUCCUGCCUCCUAUUACGCUGUGGGCAUGGUCAGAGAUGGUGAGUUACACUUGACACCUGUCCAUGGAACAGUCCAGAUGAAGCCAUCCUACACCUACCUGGACAAGGCAGACAUGCGGAUGAAGGAGGCUGCUGCUGCUGCUGAUGCUGGUGAGUCUUCCCAAGAUGAGGAAGAGGACAAUCCCAGAGCUGUCACGGUGCGUUUUGCCCGUCCGGAGACAGAUGAGACAAAGGCCCGUAGAAUGGCGUCCUACCAGUAUCUUGAGCAGCAGCUGGCUGAUGAACAGUGGGUCGGCUGUACUGUACAUGGUGCCAAGGGUCCAUAUGCUGAGAAGGAGAGACAGUUACUGUACUGUAGGGCUACAGACUUUGAUGCAUCCCACUUAACCAGACCGCCCAAGGAGUACUUAUCCAUGCUUCUUCCUGAGGCUUCUGAAGAUAACAGUGAGAAGCCAGCCAUGCCCAGUAAUGUCCUGUCUCUGUCUCAGCUCAAGAACCUGAGUCUAGGGGACCAGGUCAAGGCUCUCAUGACCAAUGCCAAGAUGAUGAGUUUCUCCCAGCUGCUGGCCCUGCUGACCAGCGGAGUGGACCCCACGGCUGUCCUGCGGACCGUCCAGCAGGUGGCCAUGCUGGUGCAGGGCAACUGGGUGGUCAAGAGUGACAUCUUGUACCCAAAAGACACGUGCAGCCCCCACAGUGGCACCCCUGCUGAACUGGUGUGCAGAGGAAGGGACUAUGUGAUGUGGCGAUUCACCCAGUUCAGGUUCAUUGUGAGGAAGGAAGUCACUUCCAUUAUUAAGCUGCCACAUGAAGAUGUGAAGGAGAUUUUUGAGCAGCUGGCAGUGGUGCGUGUGAAUAAAGGCUGGGAGUUCCUCCUGCCACAUGACCAGGACUUUGUGGACAGGUAUCCAGACGUGGUGCAGAGACAACAGAUGCUGUGGGACGCCAAGUAUUCACAGCUGUCCAAGUUGUUGAAGCUGGCUAAAGGUGACACCCCAAAGAAAGGCAAGGAGUCCUCCCAUCCAGGCCAGGAAAAGGAAACUGUCAUAGUUUCUGGACAGGAGAGAGUGAAGGUGGCACGGCAGCGUGCUCGAUCCAGGUCUCAACAAAACGACCCAACCAGCACGUCUGCACAACACUCGGCCACGCUAACCAAUCCUGCCGCUGCCAAGACUGAAUCUGCGGACCAGGGAGAACCUAUGGACAUUUCCAGUGGUGUGGACAACCAUUUGGGGAAUGGAGAACUCGCGCUCCCUGUGGGAGCUUCUUCUGCUCUUGCUGCUGACAAUUCUGGUAGUAAACCGUCGGAUGAACUAAGGACAGAGGUGGUGAGGUUUUGUGGUGAGAAGCUGAGGGGUAAUGUGGUGCUGAGCAUGAGUGAGAUGAAGAGAUUGUUGCUGCUGCGGUUGUCACAGUGUCCGCCCGGCGACGUCCUGGGAAAGGGCGUGUCCGACAAACUCCUGGAACAGUCCAUGUUUGAAGCGGGGGCCAUGCAGAUACAGUUACCCUGGCCACCAAAUUCUGAUGCUACUCCAGAUCAACAGAAGAUUUUUGCUCUGGCUCAUGUGGGAGACAAGUAUGAUAAGAUUCGAGAGGUCGUGUUAGAGAUGUUUAACGAGUCCUUCAAGCUCCGACGUAACGUCAUCACCUCCAAAGUACAAGAAGCUAUCGGUCAGGAACCCAACAAACACGACAUGGAAAAAGUUCUCAGGGAGGUCUGCAUGGUGAAAGGUGGCCAGUGGUAUUUAAAAGGAACCCUUACCUCCUAGCACACAACAAAACAGUUAGAUCGCAGAUAAGUCUCUGCAAAAACCUUGUAAGUUUUGUACAUGAAGAAAGCUAAGAAGAUGCAUUUUGAAGGAAAAAUUGAUAAUAAGUUGGCCAAUCUGUAUUAUUAGUUGGGGGGACUGUAAUCCUUGUAUUGAUUGUUGUUUUGUGUUGAUAUGGUUUGUAGAUAAAGUAUAUUCAAUAGGAAGAUUUGACAUCGUCUACACAAAAAUGUACUCACAGAUAUACAUUGUAUCAUGUGCAGCCCAUUUCUAAACAUUAAACAAAGUUUACAUUGAACAGUUAAAAAAAAACAACUAAUUUUUGCAAAGCUUAAAGUACCAUGAAUAUCUGUUGAUUUUUUCUGUGGUGCAGUUUGAAACAUCAGGAUGAUUCCUAAGUUAAAGACCAUUGUAAAUACACUUCAAGAAUGUUCCAGACACAGAUUGUGGUUGGAUAUACACUGGCUUUGUUAUCAAACUCAAUAUUCACAAACAAAAUUAUUGGCAUCAGCUCUCUAUGAAUACAGUUACUUUCUUUUCAACUGAUGUAUUGUAUUCAUGUUCCUUUUGUUCAUAUUGCUGAUUUGGAAUGAUGCCAGCUUAGUCCAUAGUGUACUGAAGUAUCUUAGAAUCAGCACUAAGUGAGACGUGUAUUUGCUGUUUUCAAACCAAAGGUUAACAUUAUUUAUAAAUCCAUUAAACAAAGGACUGGCCAGACUUAUUACUUUAUGUCUUUUUCUUGAGUCUGAUUUUUACCUUCAGCAUAUUAUGAUUUUUAAUAGUCUUACUGUAUGAAGUUAUACAAAUGUACCAACAUA